UCCGAUUCAGAAAAAUAUGAGGGAAGGACUCCUUCAAAACGAAUCAGCAGCUCAGGGUCAGACUCAGUCACAGAGCGGACUCUUUGAAAACGAAUCAGCAGCUCAGGCUCAGUCACAGAGAGAGGGAAGAAUGUUUUCCUUUCUCAAUAUGUUCCCUUUUCUCAUCCCAUUGAUGGAGGUUAUAAAGGUGGUUAUUGCUUCCGUGGCCUCCGUAGCCUUCUUAGGCUUCUCCUGUAUAACACUCGCCGGUUCAGCCGUGGCAUUAGCCGUAUCCACACCGAUUUUCAUCAUAUUCAGUCCGGUUCUCGUACCGGCCACUAUAGCCACUACUCUCCUUGCCACUGGUCUUGGCGCAGGUGCCAGCCUCGGAGCGACGGCCAUUGGUCUCAUCAUUUGGCUCAUUAAAUCUAGGAUGGGAGUAAAGCCCAAGAAUAAUCCACCUCCGGCAGGCGCUCCACCGACAGGGGGAGGAGCUUCGUCGGGAGGGGGAGGAUCUUCGCCGGGAGGGGGAGGAGCUUCGCCGGGAGGGGGAGGAGCCUCGCCGGCAGGGGGAGGAGCUUCGCCGGCUCCAAAACCUCCAUCAUUCUUUUCUCUGCUUCAAAUGCCAAACUUUAUAAAGAAUAAGAUGCCAGAUGGGAUGAAAAUGCCAAAGUUUGGAAAUAAAACUAAAGGUGGAAGUUCAUCAAUGGGUGGAAGUAAAUCUAAGGGUAAACGUGGAAGUAGAGAUAAACAUGAAAGCGAAGGUUCAUCGAAGGGUGAAGGUUCAUCUAUGGGUGAAGAAUCAUCCAUGGAUGAAGGUAAAUCUGGGAGAGGAGGUAAAUCCAAGGGUAAAAAGUCAUCUAUGGGUAAAAAAGGUAAGUCCAUGGGUGAAGGUAAAUCUGGGAGAGGAGGUAAAUCCGAGGGCAAGAAGUCAUCUAUGGGUGGAAUGGGUAAAAAAGGUAAGUCCAUGGGUGGAGGCUCAUCCAUGGGUGAAGAAGGUUCAUCUAUGGGUGGAAGUUCACCUGAAGGUGGAAGUUCACCCGGCGGUGGAAGUUCACCGGACGGUGGAAGUUCACCUAGAGGUGGGAGUAAACAUGGUGGUGAAAGUAUGCAUGGAGGUGGAAGUAAACAUGGUGGUGGAAGUAUGCAUGGGAGUGGAAGUAUGCAUGGGGGUGGCGGUAAAUUCAUCUAAGAGGAGUAUGGUGGAGCUGUUCCAACAUUUAUCAUAUAUUGUGUAAUAAUUCAAGAUGAAUUUUAUGACUGGGAAACUAUAUAUAAGAAACAA